AUGGCCUGUUACAAGGUUAGUUCGUUCAUCAUGAUAUUGCUGUUUGUCACUUUAGUAUCAACCGGCGGCGGAAAACGCUUUGCAGAGGCACGUAAUCUUUUGGAGGUUCCCGAUCUUCCUAAGCCGACACUUCCAGAGAUUCCAAAGCCGACACUUCCUGUGAUUCCCAAGCCUACACUUCCUGAGCUUCCAAAGCCCAUUUUUCCGGCGAUUCCCAAGCCUACACUUCCCGAGGUACCAAAGCCUGAAGUUCCAGAGCUUCCAAAGCCUACCAUUCCUGAGAUUCCCAAGCCUAUUCUUCCCGAGGUUCCAAAGCCUGAGGUCCCUGUGGUUCCAAAGCCUGAAGUUCCAGAGCUUCCGAAGCCUACCAUUCCUAAGAUUCCCAAGCCUACACUUCCCGAGGUUCCAAAGCCCGAGGUCCCCGUGGUACAGAAGCCAGAAGUUCCUGAGCUUCCAAAGCCCACCAUUCCCGAGCUUCCCAAGCCUACAUUUCCUGAAAUUCCAAAGCCAGAGCUUCCAACUCUUCCAAAACCCGAAGUACCAAAGGUUCCAGAAGUCCAUGAACUGCCUAAACCCACCAUUCCUGAGUUGCCCAAGGACUUUCCUAUUCCUUCCCUACCUCAUCCAUAG